GAUCUGCUACUCUGGAUCUGUUCUACAGGUACUGUAUAUCUCUCCUACAGGUACUGUGUAUCUGUGCUACUGUAUAUCUGUACUAAUGAUGUUUCUGUCUACUGAUACCCUGUAUCUGUACUACUGCUACUGAAUAUGUGUACUGCAGGUAAAUGCAGAGCAGGUCUUUAGUUCUGAAUGUGUUUUAUACUCAUUGUCUAAGUUGUCUGAACAGAGUUUCUAUUUCAGAAUGUGAUUCUUUUAUGUUUUUAGCUUCAUGUAUUUCAUAGGAGAAAGCUUUCUCUUAGAUUAUUUUCUUUUAAUUUAAAAUAAUCCGUACUAUAGGUCCAGAUAUAGCUGUAGUACCGAUACAUCAGUACUACUGAUAUAUCGGUACUACUGAGUAUCUGUACUACUGAUACUAUAUAUCUGUACUACUGAUAUUUGCACUAUUUAUAUAUCUGUACUACUGAUAUUUGUACUACUGAUAUUUGUACUGCUGAUAUAUCUGUACUACCGAUAUUUGUACUAUUUAUAUAUCUGUACUGCUGAUAUAUCUGUAUUACUGAUAUUUGUACUAUUUAGUCAAAGUCAAAGUCAGCUUUAUUGUCAAUUCUUCAAUAUGUACAUGACAUACCAAGAAUCGAAAUUUUGUUACUCUCUCUUCGUGCAACAGUAGACAUUAAAUAAAGACUAAGAUAUUAAAGGGCAAAAAAGAACAAAAGAAGCAACAUUAGAGCCGAGCAACAACUAAGAACUAAGAAAAGCAGAACUGAGUGAAAUGUAAACAUGAUCAUGAGAUAAAGUGACGGAUUUUAGUGCAGAAUACUCAGAACAGUGCAAAUAAGUAAUAGUCCAAGAAGUGCAAAUAUGCUUGAUGUUUGAAUGUGCUAUUACAGUGCAGGUCAGAGGUUAUUGACCAGAGUUUGUGUAUGUACUACUGAUAUUUGUACUACUGAUAUAUCUGUACUACUGAUAUUUGUACUACUGAUAUAUCUAUAUUACUGAUAUUUGUACUACUGAUAUAUCUGUAUUACUGAUAUUUGUACUACUGAUAUAUCUGUACUACUGAUAUUUGUACUACUGAUAUAUCUGUACUACUGAUAUUUGUACUACUGAUAUUUGUAUUACUGAUAUAUCUGUACUACAGAUGUUACUGUGAGUCCACCUGGUUGACCCAGGUGAACCAGGUAAACAUGGUGAACCAGGUAAACCAGGUAAACAUGGUGAACCAGGUGAACCAGGUAAACAUGGUGAACCAGGUGAACCAGGUGAACAUGGUGAACCAGGUGAACCAGGUGAACCAGUCUCAGGUGUUGCUGCUGACAGGGUUCAGGGAGCUGGGCCGGUUCAGGUACGUGUUCUUCAGCCUCACCUGUGCAGGUUACCUGUUGAUCGUGGUUCUGAACGUGUCGGUGCUGGUUCUGAUCUGCGCUAAGCCCCGCCUCCACCAGCCCAUGUACAUCCUAUUGGCCAACCUGCUGCUCAACACUCUGAUUGGCUGCGCUGCGUUUUACCCCAAGCUGCUGCUGGACCUGCUGAGCAGCCAGCAGCAGGUGUCCAGGUGUGGCUGCCUGCUGCAGGCCUUCUGGGUCCACCUGUAUGUGUCGGUGGAGUGUAACAUCCUGACGGUGAUGGCGUUGGACCGCUACGCCGCCGUGUCGCGGCCUCUGACCUAUCACAGCCUGCUGAGGCCCUCCACAGUGCUGCGGCUGCUGCUGGGGGCGUGGCUUCUACCUGCCGCCGCCUCCACCUGUCUGAUCGGUCUGAGCAGCCGGCUGCCGCUGUGUGGCUUUCGGGUGAGUCGGACGUUCUGCGACAACAGGUCCAUCACUCACCUGUCCUGCGUGGACGUGUCCCUCAUUGGAGGCGUGGAGCUGCUGCUGGCCGCCGCCGUCAUCUUCCUGCCGCUGCUGCUGAUCUUCGGCUGCUACGUCCAGGUCCUGGCCGUCAGCUUCCGGCUGUCCAGCAGCGGUCGUCCCAACAAGGCGCUGGCCACCUGCGUGCCUCACCUGGUCACCUACGUCAGCCUGGUCUGCAGCAUCGUAUUCGAGGUGGUGCAGCCGGCGCUGGCCAACAAGAACCUGCCGCACGCCCUCCGGGUCGUCAUGUCCAUGGAGGGCUUCCUGCUGCCGCCGCUGCUCAACCCGCUGAUCUACGGAGUCAACCUGCCCGAGAUCAGACAUGGAUUCACACACCUGUUCACACGCAUGUUCACCACCACACGCACGAAGUGACAUGAACUCAUUUAUUAAAACAUCAACAAACUCAAAGAAAUUAUG